AUGCACCACCUCAUCACAGCAUUAAAGCCUGGCCCUUUUGUUGACAGUCUAUGCAAGAAGCCCGUGAACAAUCUAGACGAGCUUCGGACCAGGGCCACUAAAUUCAUGCAGAUGGAGGAACUGAAAGAAUUUCGCAAUACAACUCGAUCAGACGCACAGGAGAAAAGGCACCAUGAUAGGGAGCGAGCGUUAGCACCCCGAUCCGUCCACAGGUUCAAAGACUCUAGGCAGCCGAAAUACAACAGGUACACACCACUCGUGUCCAACAGGGCAAGAAUUUUGGAAGAAGCACUGAACACCGAUCUAAUAACAGCCCCUCGAAGGGCCCCGACUCCCCCGAACGCCGACACCACCAAGCAUUGUCGGUAUCACCGAAAUUAUGGGCACACAACAGAGGAAUGUUUUACCUUGAAAGACAAAAUCGAGGAACUAAUACAGGCAGGACACCUAAGAAGAUUCGUAAAGCGGGAAGGUGGGGGAUUCUCCUCAAGGGGAGAACGAGAAAAAUGCUACAAGGAGCGACCACGAAGGACGUCAGAGUACCGGGAUAGGGAAGGAGAUAGCACCCGCAGAGGGGCCGAACCCAAAAAAGAUGAUGAGCGGGAUACGAGAGAAAGGCCACUGAGAGGAGUAAUUAAUUACAUUUCCGGAGGUUUCGCAGGAGGUGGGGCCACUACGUCUGCAAGGAAGAAGUAUGUGCGAGCGAUCCAGAGUGUCAACGCCGUGACAGUAUGUCCCAGACGGCACAUGCCACCCAUCACGUUCCAAGAUGACGAUUUCCAAGCGAUCGACCCCCAGCAUGACGACCCAAUGGUGAUAUCAGUAGAGAUCGAGGACUUCGCGGUCAGGAAAACCCUGGUGGACCAAGGUAGUUCGGUAGACAUCAUGUAUUGGGGCACUCUUAGGAAGCUGAAAAUUCCAAAAGGGGAGAUCCAGCAAUACUCAGAGCCGAUCGUAGGCUUCGCAGGGGAGCGAGAGAAUACGAAAGGCUACGUUGACUUAUUCACCAAGUUCGGGGUAGGAAUGGUAACACGAACGGUAAAAAUCCGAUACCUUAUUGUUGAUGCUCACACCUCUUAUAAUAUUUUGCUAGGGAGACCCUCGUUGAAUACGCUUGGUGCAGUAGUCUCCACAUAUCACUUGGCCAUGAAGUUUCCAUCCGCCUCAGGAGACAUAAUCACGGUGCAUGUAGACCAACCGACUGCUCGCAAAUGCUACGCGAACAAUUUGAGAGAAAGACCCGAGUCUCCUCCCAGACGAGCAGUGAAUAACGUUGAGAAGGUCCCAGGGGAAGCAGAAGUAGACCUGGAUCCUCGGGUCAGCAGCGAUGAGAGGGUGGAACCAAUCAAAAGCACAGAGGAAUUCCAUUUCGAUGAGCAUCGAUACACCCAUGUAAGCAGGACACUUGUAAAGACCCCCGAGAUGCGGGAAGUGUUACAGAGGAACGUUGAUUUGUUCGCCUGGAGUGCGGCCGACAUGCCAGGCAUUGACCCAAGAGUAGCCAAUCACAAAUUGUCUAUUUUUCGGGAAGCUCGACCCGUUGCACAGAAGAGAAGAAAGAUGGGUGGAGAAAAAAGGGAAGCAGCCAGAGUAGAGGUACAGAAGUUAAUUUCAGCAGGAUUCAUCAAGGAGGCCACCUACACGACCUGGCUAGCCAACAUAGUGUUGGUAAAAAAGGCAAAUGGAAAAUGGCGGAUGUGUACAGACUACACCAACCUCAACAAGGCGUGCCCUAAAGACACAUACCCUCUCCCAAGCAUCGAUAGAUUGGUAGACGGUGCAGCUGGACACAGGGUGCUUAGUUUUCUGGAUGCGUACUCUUGGUACAAUCAGAUUCCAAUGUAUCCUCCUGACAAAGAAAAAACGGAAUUCAUCACAGAAGAAGCUAACUUUUACUAUGAAGUCAUGCCUUUUGGACUAAAGAAUGCUGGCGCCACAUACCAGCGGCUGAUGGACAAGGUGUUUCGUCAUCUCAUCGAAAAAUGUAUGGAGGUCUACGUCGACGACAUGGUAGUCAUGUCAGAUUCACUCGAGCAACACGUCAAAGAUUUGGAUGAGGUCUUGGCAGCUGUACGGAAGUAUGACAUGAGACUGAAUCCAGAAAAGUGUGUUUUCAGGGUUGCAGGCGGAAAGUUCUUAGGUUUCAUGUUAACCCACAGGGGAAUAGAGGCCAACCCCGAUAAGUGCCAAGCGGUUGUCAACAUGAGGAGUCCAUCCAACAUCAAGGAGAUACAAAGAUUGGUAGGGAGGCUAACUGCGUUGUCACGUUUUAUGCCUAAAUUAGCAGAAAGAAUCCAGCCGAUGUUGAGGCUCAUGAAAAAAGCACAAAAAUUUGUAUGGGAUGAGGCUUGCGAGCAAUCUUUCCAAGCACUAAAGGAGUAUUUGUCUUCUCCCCCAGUACUACAGAAGCCUAGCAAGGGGAAACCUCUGUUAGUAUAUCUAGCCAUCUCUAUCAAUGCUGUCAGUGCGGCCAUUGUACAAGAUCAUGUGGGGGACCAGCAACCCGUAUACUUUAUCAGCAAAGCCCUACAUGAUGCAGAAUUGCGGUACCAGACAGUGAAAAAGGCGAACGAGGUAAUAGUCAAGUCUGACUACCCCAUACACAAAGUCUUGAGGCGACCCGACCUCGUCGGCCGAAUGGUUGGGUGGUCCGUGGAACUAUUUGAGUAUCAUCUUCGAUGUGAAGCUCGAGGGCCGAUCAAGGGGCAAUGCCUGGCAGACUUUGUCAACGAAUUAACGGGAGAUGCUGACGUACGCGAGGAAGGUUGGAUCCUGUCGGUGGAUGGCUCUUCAAAUGCGAAAGGCGGGGGCGCUGGGAUUGUUUUGCAAGGACCAAAUGAUUUGCUACUCGAGCAAGCUAUGCGCUUUGGCUUUAAACCCUCUAACAAUCAGGCAGAAUAUGAGGCACUAAUAGCAGGGUUGACCCUCGCAGCAGACAUGGGAGCAAAUACGGUGACAUGCCGAACUGAUUCUCAACUGAUCGUAGGACACUUGGACGACACUUUCCAGGUAAAGGACCCCCUGCUAUUAUGA